UAUCUUAAAAACAAGAACCAUUAUCUUUAGAACAAGAACCGUUCUCUUUAGAACACUAGAGCCGUGCUGUAACUGAACGAUCCACUCUAAUAAUACUGAACUUUGAGGCCCCCUGUCGGUGGAGUUGUUCCUCUGUCUGUGUCCAUGUCGGUUCUGACAGAGUUCACCUACAGUUGGAAUAAAACAUCAACUCUAUAUUGACCGUAUAUUUAUAUAAGAAGAAUUUUAUCUUAGUGGUUUUACAGUUUGAUUGAUGGAACAGCCCUGACCACAGCUGUAUUGAAGGUAAGAACAAACUGUAUAAUACUAUAUACUAUAUAUAUAUAUACUAUACUAUAUACUAUAUACUAUAUAUAUAUAUACUAUACUAUAUACUAUAUACUAUAUAUAUAUAUACUAUACUAUACUAUAUACUAUAUAUAUAUAUACCUAUAAUACUCUUUAACCCUAAACUGCCCUAAUUUCACAGAGCACUGAUUAAACUAAGAAAGAUUUUAAAAAGUACUAAUUAUUUUAUGUCUAUCAAUAUAUAGCACAAAUGUACACACAUAAAUUAUGUAUAUAGUUAUAUAUAAAUUUUCACAUGAACUUCUAGUAAUUUGCAGAUAAAUGUCUUCCCCAGUAAAUCAUCAUCUUUAUCACCUUUAUUAAAUCCAACAGUAGAUCUGAUCCAUAUUUGUCUUCAACUGAACUGACUUUAGACACAACACAAUCAAAACAUCAAUCUUUCAAAUGCUCUUUUCCCCGAAGUGGUUUCCACUGGUUUUUUCCUCAGCCCAUUUCUGUUUGGUCUGAGCACAUUUUCUCUCUCCUCUCCUCCUCCUCCUCCUCCUCCCUUCCCUCCUCUCCUCCAGUUCACUCUGCUCAGCCCUUUCUUGGAUCGUACCACCAUGAGAAUCUCCCUCUCUCCCUCCCUCCCUCCUGCCCUUCUUCAGCAGCCGUGUUGGUUGCAGCCAGAACAGAACAUCAUGGCGGUUGAUGGUGGAGAACGUAACUGUGGAGUUCAUGAACUUGUCUGCGUCAGAAAAGGUACGGACAGAUGUUCCUCCUUCACUCCCUGCUGUAUGACCACAUUCACCCCAGUCAUGGUAUUAAUGGGCAUCAUAUGCGUAGCAUAUCUCACCGUAGGGCGGACUCACUCUGAAACUGGUGAUUUUUUAAUCUGAUUGAAAAUCCUAAAUGCUAACCCUAACAUUUAAACUGGUUUCAGUUCAGUGACAUCUGAUCACAUGACCGUAACACAACGAGAAUGUAGGUAAGCUGCUGGAACUUAAUUAACAAUCAUUAAGCAGUAAUUAAUAAACUACAGACGUAAAUGAAACACAAAUAACAGCUAAAUGCUACAGGCUAACAAAUAAUCUAAAGAUUGUUAGAGUCAGAAGAAACAGAACUUAGAAACCUUUCAAAAUAAAAGCCCUUGUUAUCAAAACAAGAACGAGUCGUGAACUGAAAUCCAGGAUGAAGGCCCUGCCGUUCUCUUUAGUCCUCGGAGCUGGGCUUCAUCUGAUUGGUCAAAUGUCAGCCUUGGUGAUGUGUGUGAUGUGGACAUUCAUAUCACGAUGACGAUGAAAAUGAAUCGUGAGAAAUGAUGAUCAUUUUGACUAAAGAGUCUGGUUUUGUUCACUGUGCUUCAGAGCAUCAGCUAGUUGUGUGUGGGAGUGUGUAUGUGUGUGUGUGUAGGGGGCGAGUUCUCGCUCUCUCUCUCUCUCUCUCUUUGUGUGUGUGUGGGUGAGUUCCUGGUUCUGACAAGUUUCUUGCCUCUGAUAUUUCUUUUAAGACCAGAAAUCAUACGAUGAGUGAAGAUACAGCUGUGAAUGAACUGAACUCACUGUUCCACCUACUGUCAGACUGCUGCACUGCACAAACACUAUAUUAAAUUUAAACAAUGCAUUGAAAAAGUAAAAGAAUCUUCUCUGCACUUUUAUCACCCCAGGUGUGAACACAGUUGUCAUGACAACAUCCUAUAACAGGAUUUGUCUGUCUCUGGAGUCCUGAGUGCUGAUGCGCAUGUUGCCAUGUGUCUCCUGAAGUGCUGGGUUUUCUGACAGCCAUCAGCCUCUUCAUCAUCCUCAUCACCUUUCUGUUCUGGUUUCUCAACAACAAGUUGGCGAUAGAAAACCCAGGCAGCCUUCAGUGCCUCGAUGAGUUACACGACUGUGGCGCUGAUCUGCAGGACUCGUCGUCUGACAGUGAGGAUGAGCUGAUGGGUCAGUACCAGGAGGCAGUCAGCCGCUCACAGGGCCUCAGAGCAGCGGCCGCUAACGUCAAACAUGCGGUGUUUCAAUGGGAGUGCCGUCGGAAGUACAGCCCCCUGAGAGCUGACUAUGACGGCUACACCAGUGAAGCCUCGGCCGAUGAUGUCAACUGCAUCCAAAGAAUGAGACGAACCCCACCAUUGGAUGAGCUUCAGCCCCCACCCUAUCAAGAUGAGGACGGAUCUCCACGGAUGUCCUACACACUGUCAGAUCUGGGAGACGCCAAGUAUGAUCUGUCCUACACCAGUGGCAGUCCCCACCUGUCCUUUGGUAAGUGUCCCAGUGUGGGCAGUGAUGGCCAUGAGACUGAGAGUUACCUCAACAAGGCCUACGAGGAGGAUGUGCCCAGUGACAGCACAGCUGUCCUCAGUCCAGAGGAUAUGUCGGUCCGAGGGUCAGCGGCACAGCUUCUGAAAGGUUACGAACCAGAGCCUAUUGCAAAAUGUGGCACCCUGGAUGUGGUGUUUGACUACGACAGUGAAGAGCAACAACUAGCUGUGACCAUCAUGGCGGUAACGGACCUUCCUGCAAACAAACACACCGGCAACUUCUCCUGGCAGGUCCACUUGGUGCUGCUGCCCACCAAGAAGCAGAGGGCAAGGACUAGUAUCCAGAGAGGCCCCAGCCCCAUCUUCACGGAGACCUUUCGAUUCAGCCACGUGGAAUCAGAAAUGAUCAGUAACUACGCUGUCCGCUUCCGCCUCUACAGCAUGAGACGCAUGAAAAAGGAAAUGGUUCUAGCAGAAAAGGCGUACUACCUCACAAAGCUGAACCUUCAGGGCAAAGUUUCUGUGCCAGUUGUGCUGGAGCCGUGCUGUGCUCUGCUGGCUGGUGAGUCUCAGGUCACUCUGUCAGAUAUGACGUGCAGUGAAAGCGCCUCAACGUAUCAGUCUGUCAGCCAGACCUCUCCACCGGAGAUCCUUGUGGGCCUCGUGUACAACGCCACAACAGGUCGCCUGUCCGUCGAAGUCAUUAAAGGCAUCCAUUUCAAGAACCUAGCUACCAACAAGCCACCCAAUGGACUGUUCUGUUGUCUGAAACACCUGAUUGGUGGACAGGUUUAUAUCAUCAGAGAUACAUACGUUAAGUUGACUCUCCUGAACUCCAUGGGCCAUGAGAUGUCCAAGUAUAAGACAUCCAUCUGUCGGGGUCAGCCCAACCCAACCUACAAAGAGACCUUUGUCUUCCAGGUAGCUCUUUUCCAGCUGUCGGAAGUCACUCUCAUCCUCUCCGUUUACAACAAGCGCAGCAUGAAGCGCAAGGAGAUGAUUGGUUGGAUUUCACUUGGUCUCAACAGCUCUGGAGAGGAGGAGCUGACCCACUGGACACAGAUGAAAGGCUCCAAAGGACAGCAGGUUUGCCACUGGCACAGUUUGUUGGAGUCUUAACUGUACACAUUUAUACAUGGAGUGGAUUCAAAAACAUGACAUCUGUACUCCAGAGGUGUUCCCGCUGUAAGUCAGGUAAAGAAAACCCGAAAUAUGUUUUUGAUAUAAUUAUAUAUUGGAUUAGUCACAUCUGUUUGAGUACUAUCUCGUCAAUGUUUUAACUACUAAGUGCUUUGUAUAGUAAUAAUACUUUACAUACUGUAUGAGGUUAAAAGUCACAUUAUUUUGAACUAUUUUUAUUGUUCAUUUUCUGAUUCCUAAACCAUUUAAAGAAACCCUCUCACUAUCUACCCUACCGAAAUCUAAGACUAUUUGACGUCAUUGACGCCCCCCGCCAAUAAUGAACCACCAACAAAGUGUUGAAUUUUAAAUUCAUCAAACCCCAAUAUUCUCCACAAGUCGUCGUACUUUGAAUGAUGUUUGGUCAUUUUAGUUUAUUACCCACAUGAUCGGACAGAUUUACAUUAUAUUAUAUAUAUAUAUAUACAUUACAUUAUAUACUGUAAUCUAUUCAAAAGAACAUUUGCAUUGAAGAAAAGUCUCAGUUGGAAGAAAAGUCUCAGUUGAAGGAAAGCCUCAGUUGAAGAAAAGUCUCAGUUGAAGAAAAGUCUCAGUUGAAGAAAAGUCUCAGUUGAAGAAAAGUCUCAGUUGAAGAAAAGUCUCAGUUGAAGAAAAGUCUCAGUUGAAGAAAAGUCUCAGUUAAAGAAAAGCCUCAGUUGAAGAAAAGUCUCAGUUGAAGAAAAGUCUCAGUUAAAGAAAAGCCUCAGUUGAAGAAAAGUCUCAGUUGAAGAAAAGU